CUCACAACUACAAAAAACGAGUUUUAGACUCUAAACAUACCUACUACUACUACGUGCUACGACUACUACAACCAAAAAAUUUUUCAAUCCAUCUUCACAAGAAUUUUACCUCCAAUUUGCACAUAUUUCAUUAAGUGACGUCGAUAAAAACUUGAAGCCUCAAUCAUUAUUUACUUUCAAUGAUCUCAUUAUUUGCCCAUGAUCCCAGUCAGCGAUUGGGAGAGACCCCCUUUUGUUUUUAAGAGCAAGAGGAAGUUUUUUUCCAUCAACAAGAAAAUAUCGUCUUCCUUUCCUUCGGAACUAGGCGUCGAUCGAAAUUAAUACUUUGUUGGUCGUCGACCGUGUUUGUUCUACUUCUACCACUAUCUCUUAUAAUUUGAGACAGUCAUACUGGUUAUCUCAUCUUCCUGCUUGAUCUCGGCCUGUCCUCUUGUCUUACUUGGUAAGUACGUCUUAACCCCGUCUCACCUUCCGUAAAAAUGGUGCGUCGCUCGUUUCUUCUCCUUCCGGCUUUGGCCUUCCUCACUGGCGAAGUGGAUGCUACAAGUCCAAUGCGCCUUGCCGCCGCAGCCGCCGCACAAGCUUCGGAGGCUGCCGAGGCGCGAAAAAAGGCUGCCGCGGUGCGGCUCGGUGAAAUAGGGGCGAAGGAGCUGGCCGUUGAUCCCACCAAGAAAGAACACGUCGCAAGCAAAGCACGACGCGAAGCGGAGAGGCAGUACAACCAAGGAGUCCGGGCCGCCGAAAAGGCGGCCACAGACGCCGAGUUUUGGAUCGUCACCGCCCCCAAGGAGGUCGAAGCCGCCAAGAGGGAGGCCACCGAAGCCAAGAAAGAGGCCGAGGCCGCCAGGGGCUGGGCCGACCACUGGAAUGCCAGAGCCAAGGAAGCCGCCGCGAGGGGGGACGCAAACGAGAUACGGAAGGAUUUGUACGGGAGGUACAUGGGAGCACUCAAGGACGCAGAGAGCGAGGCCAAAAAAGCCGAGAGGGCGGCCAGAAGAGCCAAGGACAAGGCCGCCGAAGCUAGCAGAAGGGCCGCCGCAUUCGUCGAGAAAGCCGAGAGCAGGAAGGCCGAAAAAGCCGAGAGGAAGGCCGCCGAAGCCAGCAGCAGGGCCCCCGCCGCAUUCGUCGCAGCCCACCUUGAUCUUAACCAAUUGGAUUAAAAAAAACGAUGUUAUUUUUUUAAUGUUGUUUGAAAGAGAGUAGAUGAUAAAGGGUCACUUAUUCUUUCGUCUCCCACUAGUGGAAGAGAUGUCGGGACUUCAUCAUCUAAGUGACAGGGACGACUGUAAUACCAGAUGAAUAGUUGUAGAUAUUUUCUCGCGAUGCUGCUCGUUUCAGUGUCGACUCGUCACUUUCACAAGGUUGGUGGGUCGACUUUUUAGAGAUAAAGAGAAUUGAAAUAAGUAGAAUAUGAAUAAAGGUGACGAAGAUGCAUUGAGGAGCAGGAGUAAGGUUAGCCUACAGUGACGAGAUUACAAACGGCAUCAGCUACAGCUUUCGCAACUUCGUCAUAGAUUCAUAUUUGAAAUUCAAUUGAUGAAUUUAAUUAAAAAAAACGAUGAUAUUUAUUUUAUGUUGUUUGAAAGAGAGAUGAUAAAGGGUCACUUAUUCUUUCAUCUCCCACUAGCGGAAGAGAUGUCGGGUCACAUAUUUUUUUCGAAAUUUUAUAAGGCUAGGCCGGCGCUUAUAAGACGAGAGCACGAGGACAACAAAACUCAUUUUCGUGGGGACAUCUCAUCAGCGCAACUCUUUUUUCCACGGGCUCGCAGCUGUUGUGCAAAUUGAUAUUGGUUGACUUAAAGUGUUGUCGUGGUACAACUAGUAGUAGGGCUGGAGGUGUUCUUGUUGUUCUUCUUGUUUUCAUCUUUUUCAACUUCUACAUGGGACUCGAAUGGUGUAGUGUUCUUGGAUCCUUCUUCAACUGCAAGGGAUUCUCCUACAAGGGAGUCUCGUUCUCCUGUAGCGAUCCCGGAAUAAUAUCAUGAAAAAAAGCCCUUUCCUCUUCACUCAGUCCGAGUUUAUGGGAAAGGGGUCCUAAAAAAAAAAGCAACGAACUUCUGAGUAGAAGUGAGUAGAAUAAGGGGAUGCUGAAGUGAAAUAUAAAGAAGGCGGGAAACGACGGGGGAGGGUGGUUUAUUCAAUUUCAAAAGUUUGCAGAGAAAUGGGGGAAAAUCUUCUGCUUCACCAUGCUCGGUGGCUUGGAUCAAAGUAGUCCGCAGUCGAGUAUGUUCAGCACUUAUCGUUCCAUCUCUUCAAGAACAGCACUUAUUGAAUAUGUGGAUGAAUCUUACGCCGACUCAAUCCGAGUACCGCCGCAACAACAAAAUGUGACAGCUUCGAGCUUCAUCUACUCAAACAAAAGCCCUCUCCUACAAAGAGCAGCCCUUUUUUACUUAUUUUUGAGUUAAGAUCUCUCUCUUUGUCCGUGUUCCACACAAAAA